AUGCCUAGCUGGGAACCUGAUUCUGCGUCAGACGAUGACUCUGGUACCCCCGAAGACCAGCCUCACCUCAGUCUUGGAGAUGAAGCAGAGCUGGAGUCCUUUUCGGAGCCAUCCGUCAAUGUCAUCCAACUGCCCGAAGAACCCGACCGAUCCCAGGAUGAGGGCCGCAUGAUAGAUGCGAGGGCUUACCAGCGCGAGAUGUUUGAGGAGAGCCUCAAGUAUAACGCCAUUGUUGUCAUGCCCACGGGAAGCGGCAAGACGCAAGUUGCCUUGCUUCGGAUCGCGCAUGAGCUCGAGCAUGGACCCCACAACAAGAUCGUGUGGCUCAACGCUCCUACUAUUCUUCUCUGUGCGCAGCACCUAGACUCCAUCAAGGACCAGAUGCCCUCGGUUCCGGCAAGGCUGCUGACAGGCAACGAGAAUGUCGACAGCUGGUCACCGCCUACGUGGACAGCCAUCCUUGAGAAGACGCGCAUCAUCGUCUCUACGCCCAAGGUCCUCCACGACGCUCUCUGCCAUGCUUUUGUCAAGAUGGACAUGCUGUCCCUCAUCGUCUUCGACGAGGCCCACAACUGCGUCGGCAGGGCGGCUGGCAACAAGGUCAUGGAGGAAUUCUACCACACCAGCAUGUACGUUGACGGCUCCACCCUGCCUUCCAUCCUAGGCUUGACAGCGAGCCCUGCCAUGUCAUCCAAGGGGGAGGAGAUGAAGAGGCUGGAGAGGAUGCUUGAUUCCCGAUGCAUCACCCCGAACCUUCACCGCCAAGAGCUUCUCAAGUAUGUGAUGAAGCCUCAGAUACAGCGUGUCGACUAUGCGAUACCGCGGUACCCCGAACCUUCGCCCGCAAUGAGCUCUCUUCGCCAAGUAUACCGCGACCUCGACCUGCGGGAAGAUCCUUGGAUCAAAUAUCUGGUCGCCAACUUGACCGACAAGAACAGAGAUCUUCUAUCCAAGGCCGUCGAGUCGAACAAGACCUUUUCUCAGGACCAGAUGAAGGGGUUCUGCAGGGUGUCACUUCACAUAGCCGAGGAGCUUGGUCUCUGGGCUGCGGAGCGGUAUAUCUGGCGAGUCGUCACCGAAUUCACCAGCCGUCCUGACGCAGACAAGACGUGGAUCAGCGGAGAGAAGGAGUACCUGGCAACUAACCUGCUCAAAGUCACGGUCUCCCAGCCACCAGCUGAACCGUCGGAUAUGACCGACAAGGCGAGGCUGCUCAUCGACCAGCUAAUGUCACCGCCCGAGUCCCCGAGGUGCAUUAUAUUUGCCCGGGAACGUGCCACGGUAAGCAUGCUAUAUGAGAUGCUCACUUCCUGCCCCGAGGUGGCGGACAGAUAUCGCAUAGGCGCCAUCGUCGGCACGUCGAAUCACAGCAGCAAGAACCGCCACCUGUACGAGCUCUCGAGCAACGUCACGGACCUCUCGGUGCUCCAGAAGUUCCGCACCGGAAAGCUCAAUCUCGUCAUCGCUACCAGUGUCCUCGAGGAGGGCAUCGACGUGCCCGCCUGCAACCUCGUCAUCUGCUUUGACAGGAUAACGUCCUUCAAGGCAUUCAUACAGCGGCGAGGGCGGGCACGCAUGCGAGAGUCGAGACUCGUCCUCUUCUGGAGUGAUCGCCAGCAGGCUGGACAGUGGGAGGCUAUGGAGAGCCAUAUCCAAAGCGUGUACGAAGAUAGCGAGCGAGAGUGGCAGAAGCUGGAGUAUAUGGAGCAGGGCAACGACGAAGACAAGACAUUUUUCCAGGUCAGGUCUACCGGAGCCAGGCUUGGCAUCGAUGAUGCGAAGCAACACCUCGAGCAUUUCUGCCGGACGUUAGCGCCUGGCGAGUUUGUUGACGGGAGGCCGGAUUACAUUAUCGAGCAAGACAGCUCCAGCGGCCCGGCCUUGAGCGCGACGGUGGUGCUGCCGUCAUUCGUUCCCGCGGCCGUGCGACGAGCUACCAGCCGUACCCUGCAUGCGACCGAGAAGAGCGCCACAAAGGAUGCCGCCCUGCAGGCCUACAUUGCCCUCUACCGGGCGGGCCUUCUGAACGAUAACCUGCUGCCGUUCCAGCAGAAUCAGGAAAUGCCGGGAUCUGAGACCCGGGAUCCUACUGCCCGCGUCGACGGUCGCUUCAGCCCAUGGGAGGAGGUUGCCCGAGCAUGGAAUGAUGACGAGGCGAGAUGGGCGUACACAUAUACCUGCAUAGACGAGAGGGGCCAGCCGGUGGGCGAUCACGACGUCAUACUUCCUGCUCAGAUCAACCACCUGCAACCGCUGAAGGUGUACAUUGACAGCGAGGUAGUCUGGGAGCUCCGUCCGAGCCAAGGACGCCUGGUUCCUGCACGAGAGGCGGAUGCGAUGCCGGACCAUACCUCUGCACUGCUGGAGUCACACUUUGGUCAUCGCUACAAGGUCCUCAACAGGAGACACGUCAUCCAGACGGUCAUCCGAGGUGCCGACCUGUCAGUGGGCGACAUUGCGUCGCUCAGCUUCGAAGCUGAACCGCAGCUGGCCACAGAAUUCGGCCAUCUCAUCCGAGACAGGACCGGAGCCCCGUUUGUCUACCGAGGCAGCCUCCCGUCCAAGCCCGAGAUCGGAUUGGUCAAACGUGCGUUUUUCGACUACGAAGAUGCGCCGCACCACGUUCCGUACCUGGUCCUCGAGAGAUGCAGUCGGCGCAGCGACUUCCUGCACCCGCUGAGUACGGGCUCCGGCCAUGUGCAGAAGAGCAAGAGGCCAUAUGGAUCAGUCUAUCCCGCGCCCUGGGCAAGGGUCGACGCUGUUCCCCUGUCCAAGGUCAGAUUCGGUAUGCUGAUCCCCUCAGUCAUGCACGAGAUGGAGGUGAUGCUGGUGGCCAAGACCCUGUCCGAGACGCUCCUCAAGCCGUUGGGCAUGACCGACCACGCGCUCGUGCGGGAGGCCAUCAGUGCCCCGAGCGCUUGCGAGCCGGUCAACUACGAACAGCUCGAAUACCUGGGUGACUCCAUCCUCAAGUACUGCACCUGCAUCAUGGGCACAGCCACGUACCUGCACUGGCCGGAGAGCUACCUGUCCAUCUUCAAGAGUCAAGUGGUGUCCAACGCACGACUGGCCCGCGCCUGCGUCGAGACCGGACUGUCAAGAUACGUCAUCACCAAGCCCUUUACGGGAAACAAGUGGCGGCCGCUCUACCUAGACGACGUGUCCCGGGAACCUGCGGGGAGCCGGGAACUGUCCACCAAGACCUUGGCCGACGUUGUGGAGGCGCUCAUCGGGGCGGCGUACGAGAAGGGCGGACUCGACAAGGCUAGCCGCUGCAUCGCCCUCUUCAUCGACGACCAGGACUGGACCAAGGUGCCGAUAGCGCGGCAGAUCCUGUUUGACCACCAGCCGAACAGCACGAUGAACCCGGAGGUGCUGGCGCCCGUCGAGGAGAUAAUAGGCUAUCGGUUCCAGAAGAAGCAGCUCCUCGCCGAUGCACUGACGCACAGCUCAUGCAUGCUGACGCAGAAGGAGCAAAAGACGAUGGAGCGCCUCGAGUUCAUAGGCGACGCCAUCCUCGACUGGCUAGUCGUCGCGCACGUGUGGGCAGACGGACCAGCCGCGCGACGGACGUACUACCAGAUGCACCUGAUCAAGAUGGCCCUCGUCGCGGGCGAUUUCCUCGGCUUCAUAUGCCUGGAAAACGGACGGUACAGGGAAGACGUGACAGUGUCGGAAGACGGGCAGACGGCAGAGCCGACGUCGAAGUUCGAGCCCCUGUGGUCCUUUAUGCGGCACGGCUCGCCCGCCCUGGCGCUGGAGCAGAAGGCCGGGUCGGCACGCCAUCUCGAGCUGCGCGGCCAGAUCCGUGCGGCCAUGGACGAAGGCACGCACCACCCGUGGGCGCUGCUGUCCCGGAUCCGCGCGCGCAAGUUCUUCUCGGACCUGAUCGAGGCGCUCAUCGGCGCCGUAUGGGUCGACUCGGGCUCGCUGGAGACGUGCAAGGCCAUGAUCGACCGGCUGGGGAUCCUGCCCUACCUCGACCGCGUGCUGCGCGACGGCGUCAACGUACAGCAUCCUAAGGAGAUGCUGGGCCAGUACGCCGGCAGGAAGAAGGUCCGAUACGAGAUUGAGGAGCACCUGGUCGGUUCCGGGGAGGACAGGCAUGGGCGGUGGACGUGCAGGAUCCACGUGGGCGACCGGCUGGUCGUGGAGGUUGGUGACGGUGUCAGCAAGGAGGAGGUGAUGACGCGGGCCGCCACGGAGGCAGCCUGGGUAUUGAAGGGCGAGAGCGGAUGA